AAACACAAAUGAUAAAAGAUACAUCUAAACCAAAAAGUUCAGCUCAUAAAUACCCACGUGACCAAUAUCAUGCAUACAUAAAUUAAAUGCAAGAGUUCAUUUUUGGUCCAAUGUAUCCUAGUAUAACAUGGUGAUGGAGAAUUGGAGAAGAUGGUUUUGGGGGCACACCGACAAGUACGUUGUUAAGGUUAGCCAAUUGAGGUUGCAAUUUGGAGAAGCAAAUGUGGGUGUUGAUGCAAAUGAUGAAAUAGCCAUUCAGAUUAUGGGAAUAGCUAUGAAGAAACAAAAAGCUUCAUCUUCUUAUUCUUAUUCUUCAACUUCUAAAACCUCUCUUCCUUUUCAUGCUACCCAGAAACUAGGAUCCACUCACACUCACACCACUUUCCCCCAAAGAUUCCUCAAUUCUAUGACUCCAACCCUCGUCUGGGACGCACGUGACCUCCACGACUUUAAUCUCAUCCUCAAACACGUGUCGGAAAUUGGCACGUGCCACAUGACAUUUCAUGUCUUAUAUGGAGAAGGCGAUGUAGUAGAAUAUAAGCCUGAAAUGGUGGUGGUUGGAGAGGUUUCCUUGAGCGUUACUAUGACGGAAUUGAUGGUGGGGGAAGAGAUGAAGAAUGUUCAAAGAACACUUCCAAUCCAAUUGAAGGUGCAUGGUUUGUUCAUGGAAGCUACACUUUCGGUUUCAUUGAGUUUAUUGAAACUGGGGAAUUAUCACGAUGACUUGCCGAGAACAUUUGUAGACAAAGUGAUAAGUCUUGUGGAGGUUGAUCAAGUUGAGGAACCGAGUUCUUAUGAAUCAGACGAGUUAGCCGAAUUUGACUCGGAUGACUCAUCUGAUGAGUCCACCACAACCACAAGUAGUGACAGUAGCAGCAAUAGCAUUGUAAUACACAAUGCAGAGUCAAGAGUUACAAAUGGGUCAGAGAGGUUUAUGGACUCAGAGACAGAGACCCUUUUGGACACAAUGCAGAGGAGUUGGUCCAUGUUGCCAUGGAGUAGAAGCUUCAAGGGAUGGAGUUUUAAAAGAACCACCUCAAGGAAACAAGAGCCUUUGAACUCACAUUUAAGUCAUUGCAUGGAACCACACUUUGAUCACAAAAACUGUAGUUCAAAUGGCUGGGAAAAUAGGGAACUUUGGAGUAGAGAUGCCCAAACAAGGGUCAAAACCAAAGUGUUUUUUGCUUCCUUUGAUCAAAGGAGCAAAGAAGCUUGUGGUGAGAGUGCAUGUACAUCACUAGUUGUGUUCAUAGCUCACUGGCUUCAUUCCAACCAUAACAUGCCAUCAAAGGAACAAUUUGAUAACCUUAUCAAAAGGGGUUCCUCUGAAUGGAAAAGGCUAAGCCACAUUGAUCACUACCUAAAGCUCUUCCCAGAUAAGCAUUUUGAUCUAGACACAAUCUUGGAAGCCAACAUUAGGCCUCUAGUUGUUCUCCCUCGAAAUUCCUACACAGGAUUUUUCUCCCCUGAGAAAUUUCAGUGCUUGGAAGGAGCCAUGUCCUUUGAUGACAUUUGGGAUGAGAUAACAAGAGAUGAUGUGGUUGAUCAUGAGCCAAGAGUUUACAUAGUGAGUUGGAAUGAUCAUUUCUUUGUCUUAAAGGUGGAAGUUGAUGCUUGCUAUAUUAUUGACACUCUAGGGGAGAGGAUUUUUGAGGGGUGCCAAAAGGCAUUCAUAAUGAAGUUUGAUGAUUCAAGUUUGAUGCAUGAAAAGGGUGGCAGUAGUAAGGAAGAAAGUGUUGAGAUAGUUUGCAAUGGAAGAGAGUGUUGUAAAGAGUUCAUCAAACGCUUUCUUGCUGCCAUACCACUUAGGCAACUAGAAGAGGAGCAAAAUAAAGGGACUGAUUAUAAUCUUUAUUUUCACAAGAAACUGCAGAUUGACUUCCAUUAUAGCUUGUUAUCAUCCAUGCCUUCAGCUUCUUCUUCUAUUGGUGAACCUUUAAAAUCCCAUUUUAUAUAGAUAGGCAUUAUAUAACUAAGAAGACAUUAUUAGUCUCGUAACAAAUUAUUAGAUAGUUCUGGGCUAUCAAGUGUCUAUGAUCUCAACUAAUCUCUACAUGACAUGUAUUUAAGUUUCUUAACUUAAGAAAAAAAGUAAUUACACUAAAUUAUAUGUUAUGUAGAGACUAGAUAGAGAUAAUGUAAUUCAAAACUGCGAAAAUUUUGGCUACCAACCAUAGUCCAUAGAAAAUUUUGUUGGGUAUUGGGCUCCCUUCCUAUGUGGAGAAAAGACCCAAAAUUGAGAAGCUCAUUUAAUGUCUCACUUAACUAAGUGGAGAGAGGGUCUGAAGCACAAGAGUCAGAAAGAGGGAAAGUCAAAAGUUACUUUGAACACCAACACUUUGAGAGAGAGGAAGAGAGAAAGUCAUUCUCGUUUUUACACAAGGUUGCGACAGUAAAAUUGAUACUGAAGGUUCGUUCACCGUUGGAUCGGGCUGAAAAUUUGACAGCAGGUUCAUAACAUUCGGUUCUUCAUUCUGACCAGUUGAAUCGUUGAAACGAGGUCUAAGUAGGGAGAUAUUCAGUUUGCACUGUAGCUGUGUAUUUGGGGUUUUUCAUCUUCUUUGUCCUCUAUUUGUAAGCUUUAUUGCUUUGUUGCUUGGCUGGGUGUUAGCACUAUUUUGUACAGUUGAUUGAGACUCCUUUGUACUUUUUAUUGAUCAUAGUGGAGCUAUUUCUUUGGUUUGGA